CAUCCUCAUCUUCUUCUUCAAUAUCAGUAAAAGUUAUCAUAUUUCUCUUUUUAACACCAAAAAGAAUAUUUGAGAUCAUGCAAAUUUUCGUGAAAACCCUUACGGGCAAGACCAUAACCAUAGAGGUUGAGUCGUCGGACACCAUCGACAACGUGAAAGCGAAGAUACAAGACAAGGAAGGAAUUCCUCCUGAUCAACAGCGACUCAUCUUCGCCGGAAAACAGCUGGAGGACGGCCGGACUUUGGCCAACUACAACAUUCAGAAGGAGUCGACUCUUCAUCUGGUUCUACGGCUCAGGGGCGGUGCGAAGAAGCAUAAGAAGAAGAAGUACACAACGCCCAAGAAGAUGAAGCACGAGAAUAAGAAGGUGGAGCUUGCUGUGCUUCAGUGUUAUAAAGUGGAUGAGUCUGGAAAGGUUGAGAGGCUGAGGAAGGAAUGUCCGAAUCCCGAGUGUGGACCUGGCACUUUCAUGGCCAACCAUUUUGACAGACAUUGCUGUGGCAAGUGUGGAUUAACUUAUUUGUUGCAGAAUGCUGCUGGUGGAAAAGAUUAAAAGUGUACAAAGGUUCAAAGGCAUGCUUUUGGUUGCCAAGCUUGUCCAGAAACAUGCUUGGUUCAAGAUUUUCUGAUAAAUUCCAACUUAAAAGCGCAGAUAAGUUAAACCCUUAAAAAUUGUUUUUCUGUUUUAAAGAAACGAAGAAAAUUUUAUAUUUUUAUAUAUUAUUAUUCCAGUUGUUUAAUUAAUACAAUUUAAACAAUGGUCAGAUUUUUUU